UGUGUGUGUGUGUGUGUGUGUGUUGUAGGCAGCGUGACGUCAGAGCUGAGGGAGCAACAAUAGCUGAGUGUGCGUGUGCGUGUGAGCGGAUCAAUCAGCCGAUAGAUCGAUCAGGAUGGCGUUCCAGACUAAGAAGAACAGCGCGAGACCCGCGGGCGACCGUCUCAUCAUCAAAGGAGGAAAGAUCGUCAAUGACGACCAGUCGUUCUACGCCGACGUCUACGUGGAGGACGGGACCGUCAAACAGAUCGGUGAGAACCUGAUCAUCCCGCCGGGCGUGAAGACGGUGGACGCGUACGGUCAGCUGGUGAUCCCCGGGGGAGUCGACGCCAACACCAACCUGCACGCUCCGCAGAAAGGCAUGAACCCCACCGAUGGCUUCUACCACGGAACCAGAGCCGCCGUGUCCGGGGGAACCACCACCAUCAUGGACCACGUCCUGGUGGAGGCGGGGACUAGUUUACUGACGGCGUUCGAUCAGUGGAGGGAGACGGCGGAGCAGACGGCGUGCUGCGACUUCUCGCUCCACCUGGACAUCACUCGCUGGCACGAAGGACUCUACGAAGAGAUGGAGACGCUCGUCAAAGACCAAGGUGUGAACUCCUUCCUGUUCUUCAUGUCCUACAAAGACAAAUACCAGAGCUCCGACUCUCAGCUCUACGAGGCGUUCGGGGUCCUCCGGGAUCUUGGAGCCAUCGCACAGGUGCACGCUGAGAAUGGUGACAUCAUUGAUGAGGAACAGAAGAAGCUUCUCUCUCUCGGCAUCACUGGACCUGAAGGACAUGUUUUAUCUCACCCUGAAGAGGUGGAGACGGAGGCGGUGUAUCGGGCCGUCACCAUCGCCAAGCAGGCCAACUGUCCGCUGUACGUUACCAAGGUGAUGAGCAAAUCUGCCGCUGAUGUCAUCGCCAAAGCCAGGAAGAAAGGUAUCGUGGUGUAUGGGGAGCCAAUCACAGCCAGCCUGGCCACUGACGGCUCUCACUAUUGGUCCAAAGACUGGGCCACAGCUGCCGCCUUUGUCAUGAGCCCGCCUCUCAACCGUGAUCCCUCAACUCCACAGUACCUAACCUCUCUGUUAGCAUGUGGAGACCUCCAGGUGACGUCCAGCGCUCAGGCCAGCUUCUCCACGGCCCAGAAAGCCGUCGGUAAAGAUGACUUCACUCUGAUCCCAGAGGGAACCAACGGGAUCGAGGAGAGGAUGUCCGUGGUGUGGGACAGAGCUGUGUCUACGGGGAAGAUGGACGAGAACGAGUUUGUUGCUGUAACAAGCACCAACGCUGCUAAACUCUUCAACAUGUACCCACGAAAAGGGAGGAUCGCCGUCGGAUCUGAUGCUGACAUCGUCGUCUGGAAUCCGAAGGAGACACGAACUGUUUCUGCAAAGACUCACAACCUGACGGUGGAGGUGAACAUCCUGGAGGGUCUGGAGUUUCGAGGCGUGGCGUCGGUGGUGAUCUCCGGCGGUCGGGUCGUUCUGGAGGACGGAAAACUGGACGUGAUGGAAGGUUCAGGACGCUUUGUCCCCAGAAAGGCGUUCCCCGACGCCGUCUACAAGAGGAUCAGAGCCCGCAGCAAGAUGGCGGAGGCUCGCGGCGUCCCCCGUGGAAACUACGACGGUCCGGUCCAUGAUGUCAUCAGUAUGAGUAAAUCGGUCCCGCCCACUCCGACCACCAGGGGGACCCCCUGCCCCAAAACCCAGAUCAGCCUCCGGAACCUCCACCAAUCAGGAUUCACCCUGGCAGGAAGUCAGAUCGACGACCACAUCCCUCGCCGCUCCACUCAGAAGAUCGUGGCGCCGCCUGGUGGACGCUCCAACAUCACUUCGUUAUCGUAAAACCACAAGAACCAUGUUGAAGAGUCGCCAGUACUACAAGACACUACUACAAGAUACUGCAACAAGAUACUGCUAAAAGAUACUGCCCAACCCUUACAAACCCUAUGACAGUAGUACUUCAACUACUACUGAACCCUACAACAACCUUAGAACUAGUACUACACCCUAUAGCAGUAGUACUUCAACUACUACUGAACCCUACAACAACCUUAGACCUAGUACUACACCCUAUAACAGUAGUACUUCAACUACUACUGAACCCUACAACAACCUUAGACCUAGUACUACACCCUAUAACAGUAGUACUUCAACUACUACUGAACCCUACAACUCAACCUCUAGUUAUAACCCUGACAACAAGUACUAAAUAUUGCAGUAAUUGUACUUUUACUAGUAUCAAACCCUUCAACAACCAUCCAGCUAGUACUAAAUUCUAAAACCAUGGUACUUCAUGUAGUACUAAACCCUGCUACAAUGGUAGUACAACUCUACAAAUACUACUAAACCCAGCUUACCCUGCCCUACUAAACAAUGGUACUACAACCAUACAAGUACUACAAUCUUGCAAGUACUAAACCCUACUAUAAUUGACUUUGACUAGUACUAAAUGUUACAGCACUGAUAAUACAAGGCUACAAAAAGUACUUUAUCCUACAACUAACACCAGUAGUACUUCAACUAGUAUUAAACCCUAAAUCUAAUACUUAAUCCUACAAUAAUGGUACUACAACCAUACCAGUACUACUAAGCCCUACAACUAUUUACUAAAUCCUGCACCUAGUGUACUUCAACUGAAGUAGUACUGAGUGUUACAACAAUGGUACUACAACCCAUCGACUAGUACUAAAUCCUACAACAAUGGUACUUUAACGAGUACCAAAUGUCAUUUGAAGUACUCUGAUCCUUCCACAUGUGUACUCAACAUUAUUCAUAAAACGCUUCAUCAUGUUCUCUUUGUCUCUCAGUGCUCUCUGUUAAAGGUAGUACACUACUGCUAGUAGUAGUAGUAGUAGUAGUAGUAGUAGUAGUAGUAUGACCCUAGAAAAUACGUCCUGUUUUCUUAUUGACAGCCGGCCUCAUCGAAAUACUUUGUCCAUUCUUCCCAUAAAUCCAUUCUGCUCAUAUUAAUUAGAUUAAUAUUAUCCUGGUUCCGACUCUGAGCUGGAGAUUAACACCAGUCUGUAGUAUUUAAUAAUUAAAGGUCAUUUAUAACGUGAUUAUUCAGGUAUCUGUUAGUCUCAAUCUGAACCACUAUGGGACCUUUAUUAUAAUAAUAUAAUCUUUAUUGUUCUGUUAUAGAUUCAGUGUGUGGUACCAUGAGGUACCAUGUAGUACUGUGAGGUACCAUGUAGUACCAUGUAGUACCAUGUAGUACCAUGUAGUACCAUGUUCCAACUAUGUGUUUAAUUCACUGAUAAAGUUAAUCUUAGUUAUGAUAAAGUAUUUGAUAGUCGACCGUUAGAGACGAACCAUCAACUUCAACACAUCAACGGACUAAAUGGUGCUAAUGAAUCCAGUAGAAGCCUGCAAGUAGCAAUCUCUUCAAUAUAAUAUAAUAUAUACCAUAAUACCAUACCAUAAAUACCACGCCCCCCCUACAGGACCUAAACUCUGCCCCCCAGAAACAUCUAAAACAAACUAACAUCACCACAUAUAGAAACAGAACUCUGCUGAGACCGUGGACGUAUUAUCAGAACCGGUUCUGGACUCCAGUCAGUGUAAAUUUCACUUUUCUAUCUUUGAGGUUUUCUUCUGGACAUGCUCAGUUUCUCAGUUUCUCCUGCUGGCCCCGCCCCCACGCAGAUUGGUGAACCGAUGGAGCGGAUUGGUAGACUUCACAUGUAAGGUGAUUAGCUCCACGUUGAUGAUUUAUCGUCAUUAGUUCUCACAGAUUCUGACCUUUAAAAUUACCUUUUAUUUUAAAGCAAAGUGACUGUUGGCUCGCCAACAACCCCUGUGAUCGGUUUACCAAUCCCUGCGCUCGGUUUACCAAUCCCUACGCUCAGUUUACCAAUCCCUACGCUCGGUUUACCAAUCCCUGCGCUCUGUUUACAAAUCCAUAUGAUCAGUUUACCAAUCCCUGCGCUCUGUUUACCAACCCCUGUGAUCGGUUUACCAAUCCAUAUUAUCGGUUUACCAAUCCUUGUGCUCGGUUUACCAAUCCCUCUGAUCGGUUUACCAAUCCCUCUGAUCGGUUUACCAAUCCCUACGCUCGGUUUACCAAUCCCUCUGCUUGGUUUACCAAUCCCUGUGCUCAGUUUACCAAUCCCUGUGAUCGGUUUACCAAUCCAUAUGAUCAGUUUACCAAUCCCUGCGCUCUGUUUACCAACCCCUGUGAUUGGUUUACCAAUCCAUAUUAUCGGUUUACCAAUCCAUACGCUCUGUUUACCAAUCCCUGUGAUCGGUUUACCAAUCCAUAUGAUCAGUUUACCAAUCACUGCGCUCUGUUUACCAACCCCUGCGCUCUGUUUACCAACCCCUGUGAUCGGUUUACCAAUCCAUAUGAUCGGUUUGCCAAUCCAUACGCUCUGUUUACCAAUCCCUGCGAUCGGUUUAUCAACCCCUGUGAUUGGUUUACCAACCCCUGUGAUCGGUUUACCAAUCCAUACGCUCGGUUUACCAAUCUGUGUGCCACACCAGUAUUGUUUUCUACCAUAUGACCGUGGGGGGGGUGGCCUUUAUCUGAUGGAGGUUUCUGACCCGACGGAGCCGUAACACGUCUGUUAAUACAGCCACGGUCUGACUCGGCUAUUAGAGGGUCCGCAACGUCCACAGUGACCUCUGACCUCUGACCUCUGACUGUGAUGUCACAGCUGCAGAGCCCCUCCCCUUCCUGCUGUAUGACCUCUGAUGACCUCUGAAGGGAUUUUUAACAGUGUUUUUGAUUUGUAAAGACUUCAUUUGAUACCAUGAUCAUUUUGUAUUUUUUACAGUUUUUGUAUCGCAGCAGUGUUAGCAUCAGUGAUUGUAGCACUCACACACGGUUCAGCCAGCGAGCAGCCCACGGCGGCCAUGUUGGCGCCAAGCUGUUGCUAUAGAAACUAAAUAUUGUACAACGAUGCUGUUGGACGACAGACAUUUUGUGUCCUUAAAGGAAUUGUUUGAUAUUUUGAGAGUCAGAUGUUCAGAUUGAUAACAGUAAAUAUGAAGCCAGCAGCCAGUUAGCUUAGCUUAGCUUAACUUAGCUUAGCUUAGCUUAGUUUAGCUUAGUUUAUCAAACACUGUAGUACAGAUUCAGCUCCAACAUGGCGGCUGUUUUCCUGCAGGCUGAACUGUUUCUGUAGCAGUCGGUAGUUUCUCCAUCCUCACAGAUGCACUGGAGCCAUAUGGAGCCAACAUGGAGCCAACAUGGAGCCAACAUGGAGCCAAUAUGGAGGCCAAAUGGAGGCCACAUGGAGGCCACAUUGAGCCGACAUGGAGCCAAUAUGGAGUCCACAUGGAGGCCACAUGGAGCCGACAUGGAACCAAUAUGAAGGCAACAUGGAGCCAACAUGGAGCCAACAUGGAGCCAACAUGGAGCCAAUAUGGAGGCAACAUGGAGGCAACAUGGAGCCAAUAUGAAGGCCACAUGGAGGCCACAUGGAGCCAACAUGGAGCCAACAUGGAACCAACAUGGAGCCAACAUGGAACCAACAUGGAGCCAACAUGGAGCCAACAUGGAGCCAACAUGGAGCCAAUAUGGAGGCAACAUGGAGCCAAUAUGGAGCCAACAUGGAGCCAACAUGGAGGCAACAUGGAGGCCACAUGGAGGCCACAUGGAGCCAAGAUGGAGGCAACAUGGAGCCAAUAUGGAGGCCACAUGGAGGCCACAUGGAGCCAACAUGGAGGCAACAUGGAGCCAAUAUGGAGCCAACAUGGAGCCAAUAUGGAGCCAACAUGGAGCCAACAUGGAGGCAACAUGGAGGCCACAUGGAGGCCACAUGGAGCCAACAUGGAGGCAACAUGGAGGCCACAUGGAGGCCACAUGGAGCCAACAUGGAGGCCACAUGGAGGCCACAUGGAGCCCACAUGGAGGCCACAUGGAGGCCACAUGGAGCCAACAUGGAGCCAACAUGGAGGCCACAUGGAGGCCACAUGGAGGCCACAUGGAGCCAAUAUGGAGGCAACAUGGAGCCAAUAUGGAGCCAACAUGGAGCCAACAUGGAGGACAUGAAUUUGCAGCGUCGAAAUAUUUGACUUUGAAAAUCAUAUAAUCUGAAUUUAUUUUUUCUGAAUUCAACUCUUUGAAAUUAAAAUGUGAAAUUUCUUGAUUUGCAAUUUCAGACGCUGAAUUUGAAUGUAUUUUAUUCAAUGUUCACAAAUUCAGAUUCAGGUUAGUUAUUUUAGGCGUUGUGUGGCGACGGUGCAUCUGUUGUUGUUGUUGUUGUUGUUGUUGUUGUUGUCGUGAAGGUAUAAAACUCCUCUUCCAACUUGUUCGACCUGCAUGAAUAAAGUGUAAAGAGAAACACG